ACAGUUUUGACAAUAAUACAAUUGAUGUUGCACUAAAGGGCUGUUUUGAUCAUUAUGAUACAACAGCGUGUGUAAGGAAUACUGUGCUGUCUUUCCUCGGAUUCUCAACUCUCUUACUUUGUUUUAUUCGGAUCACAAGACUGCAUGUUCUUCAUCAUCCCCAAAUUCAUCAGUAUCUUGUAUUUUAUUUUGCAAGCUUGGAGAUCAUAUGUUUAAUGGUAAAAUGGAUUGCUAUCAGCGAGCUUUACCAACUGGAAUUUGCUGCAUCUUACUUGAAAUUGAUUCAGUUUAUACUGCUAUGUCAUUUUCAUUGGUCUCUCGUUUCACGCAUACUUCACCAACAACGACUGAUUAGCUGGGUGAUCAUUCCACUACUAGCUGUAUUCUUUACUUGUAUGACAUCUGUUACAGUUAUGGGAUUGGCUUCCCACUUCUCAUCUUGGAAUGAAUGUUUCGCUCCUCAUUGGAUUUUAUUAUCAUUUGCUGAAUUUUUGGGCAUACAACUUUAUGUAGUUGCAGGUAUCUAUAUAACCAAAAAGAUAAAUUCUAUUUCUGCUCUUGAUUCUUUUAAAAGAGAACAGAAGAAAGACCUGUGGAGUGUAAUCUUCACCUAUGAAUUCUCAUCUGUGACUUCAGUGGCUUAUUAUGCAACUCUUCUAUCCUUGGGAAAUAUUGAAGAUGGUUGCAGUGGUAUAUUUGAUCAUGCACAAGAAAUUUAUUCUCCUGUUUAUGCUUUAUUUAUGGUUAUUAAGUAUUUGCUUCCUAUUUGGGUAAUGCUUCGUGUGUUUUACCCAACUCGUGGCUGUUUAUCAAGUGAAGAUGAGAGGCUUCUUGGAUGGUCAGGAGAUGGUUCUGUUACUUCAGUAUUCAGUCCUGGUACAAGAUAUCAAGAACCGUAUAAGCAAAUGAGACAUCCUGUUGAAAAUGUGAGGAAUAAUGAGUAUUCCCCACUUCGUAGAUCUGCAUCAUCUCCUGCUUUCUUCGCCAAACCUGCUCUAACUCCAAUUUCCGAGGAAUCUUCUAUCUUACCUGCUUCUCAUAUACAGUAUCAGGGCUAUGGAGCCACAGAUUCCUUUCAUUCGCAGCCAGAAACGUCAGGUUUUAGCCGUGUUUCAAAAAGUAGGGUUCGCCACGAUAGUGGUAAACCGCUACUGAAAGGAACAAGAAAAAUGUUGAAAAUUCCUGUUUCACUAAAUCAGUGCUCUGAUGAAAUACAAAGUGUUACUUCUUCAUCAGGAGAAAGAGCUUAAUGCAAAUGGAACUAUCCAGCAUUGCAAAUUUUGAGUUUUAUUGUAUAUGAAAUUUUUUUAUGUUUUGAAGUAUUAUACUUUGUUAUCACAUAAGAUUAUUAGUUUUUGUGACCUUGGAUGAUUCCCAUAAUCAAAAGUAUUAAUAUAGUUAAUUAUAUUUAUGCCAAUGGUGCUAGAUAAAGAUUAAUAAAAGGACUAGGAAUUAUGUAGAAAAAAGUUCCUGUUUUUCCACUUUUUUGUAAUUUAAGUUUGUUGCUAAUUUUUAAAAUAUGUAAGCAUCUUUUUAUCUAUUAGUAUCUUAUUUCAUUAAGAUAUUGCUGUUGAAGGUGAAAAAAUUUUUAUAAUGAUGUACAUUUUUAAUCUUUCUUUUAAAUUGAAAUGCUUAGUGUUAUUUUUUAUUAAGUAGACUAAUAAUAUAUCUUCACUAUUAUUGCAUCAUUUUUUAUUUUUUUUUACUUUCUACAUAAUUCAUUUCCUUUCUAAUUAAGAACUGUGCACAAAAAUUAAAAUUGCAAUUAGCUAUAAACUUGUCAUUGAUAUUGAUUGCUUUUUUCGUUAUAUUUUAAUGUACAUGUUAUUUUUCUCUUAUUUAAACAAAAAACUUUAUCCUCUCAUUUGCAUAUUUUAGCUCUGCCUCUACUGUGUACUAAUUUGGAGGCAGGCAUUUUCAAAGCAGGUUUAAUACAUUAAUUGCUAACGCUAAAAGAAAAUUAAGGGUGAAGUAGUAUAAGAAAUUCAAAACAUACUUGAAUUUUCCUAAAAAUGAUAUUUUUUGUUUUUAACUUUAUGCAUAUUAAGCUUUCAAAGAUACAAUUUAUUUCUUAUAUUUUUCGAUUUCUAGCAUAUUCAUUCAUGUACUGUAUUGACAUUAUUGCUUUCUGACAGAUCUUUGAAGAGUUGAAAAAUACAUGUAUAAACUAUUUUUUCAAAAAUGUUUUUUUUUUUUUUUGUAUUUAAUUUCUUCAUUUUAUUAAUUUUUCAAUUAAAAGCCAGUGUUACUUUUGCAGGUUUUGCACUAGUAUUUUUAAGAUUUAAAAAAAUCCUACAUUUUAAAAGUAUAACUUUAAAUAAACUCCAACUUUCAUUUAUAAACUACUUAAAAAGUCGCUCUACAUGUCAUUUCACCCAUACAUUUCCAAAAUAAGACAAAAUAUGCCUACUGAUCAAGAAUGAAAAUGUUUUUGCAAGUUUUUGUCAAAACUUGCACAAAACUUCGUCAAAACUUUUUUGUUGCUUUUUUUUUAGUGUAUGUGCUUUCUUUUUUCUUCCGAAGAAUGUAGCUUGUUUUUUUCUUUUAAAGCUUGUCUUAAUUUUUUAUUUGUUUUAAUCACUGACGAAUAUUUAUCAUUAUGUAUAGAUUCUUAAAUGUGUUUGUGUUCAAGGUGUGUAACAAAACUAAGGGUCACAACCAGGGCUGCGGAGUCGGAGGGAAAGUGACAGACUCCGACUCUGGGAAUUUUAGAGACCGACUCCUUUAUCCCAAAAGCAGUUCAACUCCACAAGCACUGGCAGAGUUGUAGACUUUGAGGGAAUAUGACCUACUCCGACUCUUGGAAUUUUAAGCGUUUAACUCCCAUGACUCCAACCUUUUUUACCCACAGUCACUCCGACCCCACAACCCAGGUCAUAACUAUUAAGACUGCAAGGGGUGAUAGAACUUCAUGAACAAAGAAAACAAUUUUUACCA